GCUCCUGUUUUGGGUCAUUGCUGGCUUAUUUGGUCUUGUGGAGUUUUGUCAGGCAAACGGCUCUUGUGCAACAUACAGUCAAUGUGGGGUUUUAUCUUCGACUCAUGCGCAAGUUACAUCCUCCCCACCGAGGAAGAGGAAAAGCCGGUGACGCUACGAAAAAGCCGCUCGGAACAGAGCUCGUUCCGGUAACGCAACUUGAAUGGGUUGAAGAAGAUCCAAACUCUGGCUCCCGGUUGGGCCUGCAAUUCGUGGCCGAGACAGGUGUUUCUAGACCGCAUGGCAGCUUCCGCGACCUGAUCCGCUCAAAAGCGAGACGGAAGGGAAAGAAGCAAGGAGAAGAUGCCCAGGCUGCAUUGAAGAGCUCCAAUAGUUGCUUUGCAAGUAGCAUGGAUACGGAUUCAGAAAGAUCCAGAACGACAACUCCGACGUCAAGUGGUCUUGUCACUCCGAAAACUCCGCUAAAGACUCCGCAGGCACUCUUAUGGCCUGGACUUGAAAAUAGUCUGAUCGAUCCUUUCUUAACAUUACCUAUUAGCGAGAUUGGAGGAACACAGUUUCUGAUACAUAAUUACUUCUCUAUCUUCAAAUCGAGUUAUGCACCACUCUUCCGAAAGGAAGACCUCUUAAGCUUCGCCCUAUCUGAUGCCGCCUCACUUCAUGCAUUACUCGUCCAUUCAGCACUGAAUCUACGAGGGAUAGAACAGCUUAAGCAAGAUCCGGACAUGUUAUACCAUCAAGGCGAGACUAUACGCUUGAUCAAUGACCGGCUUAGAGAUCCUGAGCAGCAAGUUGCUUCCGAUGCGACUAUCUUCACUGUUGCAAACAUGACACAUCUAGAGAUCUUAUCAGGAGAAUUAAAUGGUAUCAAGAUUCAUAUGGACGGACUAGAAGCACUCGUCAAGAGUAGAGGUGGUAUACAGGGUCUAGAAUCUCACCCAUUGACGAGGAAAGUCACAAUGUGGACAGAUACAGUAGCGGCCGUUGCACUCGAUGCCCCGCCGCGCUUCACACUCAUGGAGCUCUGGCCUCCCUCACCACCACCACCCGAACCCAGUUACAGCCCCAUCGCCCACUGCUACAAAACCAAACUAUCCGAAGUGACCGGCCUCCCCUCACUCACCGAAGAAACAAUUUCCACCCACCUCGCCCUGCGUGCCAUUACAGCACUAAAAGACACCAUCUGCUUCUGCCCCAACGCUUCGCAGGGGCCACUAGACUUCGAAACCAGCGCCCAUACAAUCGAGUCCCUCGAACGUCGCUGUCUCUCCAUCAUUCAAUCCCCGCUGCUUGAACCAUACUCCCUCACCCCCAUUCACACCAUCUACUCCCUCUUCGGCCGCGCCUCCUUGAUCCACAUCAUGAUCUUCAUGCGGGAAUCCGCUCGUCGCCUCCCCUUCGCUCGCAUCCUCUCAAACCGAAUCCGAGAUUCCUUAGAAGGUGUCGAUCUAAGUGUAUUUCAGAUCCAGUAUCCAGAGUUACUGAUGUGGGUGUUGGUUAUGGGGGGUCUUGGGGGCGCGGGGACGGAAAAUCAGAUGUGGUUUGCAGGACUGCUGGCGCGGGCUGCGAGAGCGGUGGGCGUGGUGGGAGUGAGUGACGUGGAAAUGGUGUGUAGGGAGUGGCUUUGGACGAGGCUGUAUGCGGAUGAGGUUACUGAGGGAUUUUGGGCAGAUUUUGAGGUUGCGCAGGGGAUGGAGAGCGCUACAGAAGAGGGAGAGGGAGAUUGGAAGGGAAUGGAGCUUGAUGAGGGCCCGUUUGAGUAUAGAUUUUCCGCACGAUAGGUUUAGAAAGCGUGAUUGUAUUGCAUUGUACCAUGAGGUGUCUAGAUAUCCAAUUGAAAAAUGUUUCGUCUGAGCGGCG